ACAAAACUCCAUCUCAUUUGAAAUUCUUCAAACUUUUCCCUCUCUCUCUCAUAUUCACACCAAAAACACACAAAAAACUCCAUUGUUGUUUUAGAGAGAGAAAGCUUGAAAAUAAUGGAUUCAACUGCUGGAGGAAAGGCAAAGAAAGGAGCAGGAGGAAGGAAAGGUGGAGGUCCAAAGAAGAAGCCAGUUUCUCGUUCAGUUAAAGCUGGAUUACAAUUUCCAGUUGGAAGAAUUGGAAGAUACUUGAAGAAAGGUCGUUAUGCUCAACGUGUUGGUACUGGUGCUCCUGUUUAUUUGGCUGCUGUUCUUGAGUACCUUGCUGCUGAGGUAUUAGAGUUGGCUGGAAAUGCUGCAAGAGACAACAAGAAGAACAGAAUCAUCCCAAGACAUGUUCUCCUUGCUGUGAGGAACGACGACGAGCUCGGAAAGCUUCUUUCAGGAGUGACAAUUGCACAUGGAGGUGUUCUUCCGAACAUAAACCCGGUGUUGUUGCCGAAGAAGGCUGGAGGAGAUAAGGCUACUAAGGAGCCAAAAUCUCCUUCAAAGGCUACUAAAUCUCCAAAGAAGGCUUAGAAAGUUAUUGAUUUGGUUUCGAGGUAGGAAGAAUUGGGAGUUGUUCUUGAGUUAUUGCGUUGUGUAUGUAAUGUCAAGUAGUUUAAUUAGGGUUUUCGAAAAGAAUAGGGAUUUAGUAUAUUGUAAUGGAGGUUGUAGUUGGAAGGUUUUAUGGAAAUUGAGUCAAUAGCUGAUUGAUUCAGUUUCUGUUAUGAUAUAAAUGAAAAUCAUUUUAUUUUUCCUCUA